AUGCCGCUAACAGAUGUUGGAGAGCAAAUGAGCCGGCGUGAUCGUAGGAGGCUGACCGACAGCCGUGGACCCGAAAAUCAAUAUGUGCAAGAGUUGACGCGGCGCGAGCGGUUUGAGCGAAGAGCAGGGCAUGUUUCUAUCAUGGAACAGGAAAUUGAUGUCUCGGUUGAUAUCGGGUGGAUGGAUCUGAUAGAGAACAAUGCCGACUUUAUGGAGUAG